AUGCAGCCCAUCAGCCUGCAGAACCUCUCCAUAUGUUUCCAGCUCCUGAUGUUUUCCUGUCAGACCCAGUACGUGAGGGACCAGGGCGCCAUGACCGACCAGCUGAGCCGAAGGCAGAUCAGGGAGUACCAGCUGUACAGCCGGACCAGCGGCAAGCACGUCCAGGUGAACGGCAAAAGGAUCACCGCCACGGCGGAGGACGGCAACAAAUUCGCGAAGCUCAUCGUGGAGACGGACACCUUUGGGAGCCGCGUGCGCAUCAAGGGGGCCGAGAGCGAGAAGUACAUCUGCAUGAGCAAGCGGGGGAAGCUCGUCGGGAAACCCCACGGCAAGAGCAAAGACUGCAUCUUCACGGAAAUCGUGCUGGAGAACAACUACACGGCUUUCCAGAACGCCCGCUACGAGGGCUGGUACAUGGCGUUCACGCGCCGGGGCCGGCCGCGGCGGGCCUCGCGGAGCCGCCAGAACCAGCGCGAGGCCCACUUCAUCAAGCGCCUCUACCGCGGCCAGCUGCCCUUCCCCAACAGCGCCGAGCGGCAGCAGCACUUCGAGUUCGUGGGCUCGCCGUCCCCACCGCGCCGCGCCAAGCGCACCCGCGCCCCGCGCCCGCUCACGUAACGCUGCCCCUUCUCCUUGCGCCCCCGGCGCUGCUUCCUCCCCCCUUUCCUUUUUUUUUU